AUGGGAGUUUAUUAUAAAGGUGUUGGUCAAGAUUUUUACGGAGGACGAGAUGAAUCUCGUCUUUUUGUUGAGAAAUAUAACCAUUUUUUUGGUCGCAAGGUCAGAGUCGUCAAGAUCAAUCCAGAACGGUAUACGGUGGAGUGUUUUUACAAGGAGAAAUUUACUUGUGACUGGAUGUUCCAUGCAGCUCCUAAGACUUCCAAUGUGAAGGGUCAUUUGUUCCUCAAGACCUAUAACGGGGAACAUACAUGCUAUGCUGGUUAUAGUGACGGAACAAAGGCUGAUCCGGUUACGCGCGAACUUGUCAAGAGCUUGAUAUUUGACCAGAUCGAACAGAAUCCCAACAAGAAAGUCAGGGAUAUUGUUAGAGAAUUCAAAAGUGAUUAUGGGUUAGAAUUGAGCUACAAUCAGGCGCAUGCCGGGAAAGAAUUAUGUUUGAAGGAAUUGUAUGGCGAGGACACUAAAUUAUACACCGACUUGGUUUGGUGGUGUGAAGCCGUGAAGAAACACGAUCCAGGUAGUAGGGAUGAUUUAGUUAUUGAAGGGGUCCAGUUUAAGAGUUUGUUCUUAGCCUUCGAUGCUUGCAUCUCGGGUUUCGAAUAUUGUCGCCCGAUAUUGUUCUUGGGUGCAACUUUCCUAACUGGAAAAUUUAGGGGUUGUCUUAUGGCGGCUACCGGGAAGAAUGCGAAUAAUGGAAUAUUUCCUCUGGCAUACGAUAUUGUAUCAGGUGAAACUAUUGAGAAUUGGCAUUGGUUUUUGGAGAAACUAAAAACUAUCUUGGGUCCUCGUGUACUAAUUAUUAUUUCGGAUCGCCAUAAGGGUUUUAUCCAAGGAAUUCGUGAUGUUUUUCCAACUUUCCAUCAUGGUUGGUGUUACCAGCAUUUGAAGAAUAAUGUCCGUGGUAAGACCAACAAGAAAAAGGGAUAG